UUUUAAUUACUUUGUAUAUUACUAUAUCUAUGUAGUUAUAUUCUUUUCAUUUACUUCCACUUUACACUCUUGUUUAUAGGGUGAGUCAGUUUAGAUCACCGUAGGGAAAAAGCUUUAUUGCAUUCAAAAUUAUGUUUCAUCCUGCUUCCCCUAUGCAAAAUUAAAGAAAGAGAACGUUACAAAUAUUUUGAUAAUGCCCCUGAAAAUCAGAAGAAAAGGAAAAUGGAAGCAUUGUAAGCUUACAUGUCGAUGUGAAAUCUGCCUUGGCCUGCACAAAUCAAUCUUGAACUUCUUCCCUCUCAUACAAUGGUUUUAUAAUCUCGAAGAUUUAUCACCUGAACAGCAGAAAAUGUUAAUAGAAAUAAGAAGGAGGAAAACUGAAUUACUUCUUGAAAUUCAACAACUUAAAGAUGAAUUGGGAGAAGUGGUCGCUGAGAUGGAAAACAUGGAUGCUGCUGAUGACAGCAAAAAUCACACUCGUGCAAAACAGAUGUCCAUAGGCAGGAAAAAAUUUAACAUGGAUCCGAAAAAAGGCAUAGAGUAUCUUCUUGAGCACGGCCUACUUCAAGCGACUGAAGAAGACGUGGCAGCAUUCCUUUACAAAGGGGAAGGUCUCAACAAAACUGCGAUAGGAGAUUAUCUAGGAGAGAGAAACGAGUUCAAUGAAAAAGUUUUAAAAGCUUUUGUCGAUCUACACGAUUUUACCGAUCUUAUUCUUGUACAGGCACUGAGACAAUUCCUUUGGAGUUUUCGGCUGCCUGGAGAAGCGCAAAAAAUUGACCGAAUGAUGGAAUGUUUUGCUCAGCGUUAUUGUCAACUGAAUCCCAAUAUAUUUACCAACACAGAUACUUGCUAUGUAUUAUCAUUUGCAAUAAUCAUGUUGAACACAAGCUUACACAAUCCUAGUGUAAAGGAAAAACCACAAGUUGAACAGUUUAUUAAUAUGAACAGAGGAAUUAAUAAUGGUGGAGAUCUCCCACGAGAAUUGCUAGUUAGCCUUUAUGAAAGUAUAAAGACUGAGCCGUUCAAAAUACCUGAAGAUGAUGGAAAUGAUCUCAUGCAUACAUUCUUCAAUCCUGAUAAAGAAGGGUGGUUGUGGAAGCAAGGUGGUAGAUACAAAAGUUGGAAGAGGCGGUGGUUUAUUUUAAACGACAAUUGCCUGUAUUACUUCGAAUAUACGACAGAUAAAGAGCCAAGAGGCAUUAUUCCCCUUGAAAACAUACAAGUUCGGGAAGUGGCUGACAGACAUAAGCCACAUUGUUUCGAAUUGUAUGCUGCUGGUUCCGAAUUUAUUAAAGCUUGUAAGACUGAUAGCGAAGGAAAAGUUGUUGAAGGCAAACAUACAGUUUAUAGAAUGUCUGCUGCCACAAGCGAGGAAAAAGAUGAUUGGAUCAAAUGCGUUCGGCAAAGUAUUAGUCACAAUCCGUUUUAUGAUAUGCUCGCAGCACGUAAAAAGAAGGCUCAAAAGACAAAUACACACCAUCAUCAUCAUCACCACCACCACCACCAUCAUGGCAACAAGAGUUAAUAUGAAUACGCCAAGGGAUUAUAAGUGCCUUUCUUAUUAGUCUGUUAAUAAGGGCUGAGGGAUGAACCCAGUGUACAUUUUGAAUAUCCGGUUGUUCGGGUGGGUGUUUUCUUCUGGGAUCAAAAAAUAUUAGCAAUCCAAGGACUCAUUCUAAUUUGUGAUAACUCAACGUAAUGGAUUCCAGUUUUUACAACCUACACGACCUUUUUAUAUCAUUAAUGUCAUGUACAAUUUUUAAUCAUGAAGUCGUCAAAUAAAGUCUACUAUACUUAAAGUAUGUACAGAGAGACAAAAUGUUAUAUUUUUGAAAUAACAGAGUUUGUAUAGACUGUGAUUGUUGUACAUACCAUUCAACAAUGUUAUUUCACCACAUUAAUCAUACUCUUAGUACCAAGAGAUCUCCAAACCAAAGUAGUACACAUGUGUAUGUAAUAUAAAAAGAUAUGUUAUUGUUAAUUUUAAUUUUAUUCGUUGUAUAAUCGUGUUAAUACCGCAUGGAAAGUAAAAGUAUUAUAUUUUGUCAGUCUGUCGCUGAGCUGCAAUGACAAAAUAAAUUAUGUAAAUUGAUUUUUCUUGUAAAAAGUAGUUUAUUUUUAAUUUUAUUAUGUUUAAAAAAAAUAUAGUCACUAUGUUUAGGUAGAAGUUAAUAAACUUAUAAAUGCAGGUAUAACACCACUGCAGGGUUUAAACAGAUUCCAUUCUGGUGCAAUAACAAAUUAUUUGUAUUUAAUAAUUUUUUGUUUUAAAUGAAAUACUUGGAAAAGUGAAUUGAUUACGGCUUAAUUUUGGAAAAUAUCUUUUGGACUUUAAUUUAUUUUAUGUCAAUUUUCAUUAUUAUAGACAAGUUAUUGUAAAUAUGGGUUGUUCGGUGUGAUUCCGAAUGAGAGAGAUUUUAUGUAAGAACUGUCUUAAAUAAUCAUUUGUAAAUAACAUUUUUAAAACUCCUCUACCUCUUCUUCCUCUCCCUCUCCCGCCUGUCUGUUUCAUUGUGCGAUUGAAUUUUCUUAUUGAUAUUUGUGAUAUAGAAGGAGUACAGGUAUGGUAAUUUGUUUUUAAACUUUAAAAAGUAACAAAAAAUGUCAUAUUUGUGUGAAUAAAACCAAAGUAACAUUUUUAUUUAUCAUUAUAACACAAAUAUUAAAACAAUAUAUAAGUAUUUCAGUUAACACGAAUUUUUCCUUUCAGUAAUUGUUAUAUAAUGUCACUUCCAUUUCAGAAAUAAGUCAUAUUAAUGUAUUUGGAAGACCAAUAAAAUAAGAUAAACAAUAUUUUUUUAAAUGUGUUAAAA